AUGGAAUACGACAAGCCUGGAGGCUACAGAAUGAAUUCCGUCGCGAAAAUGCAAAAUUCCGUCGCAAAACGCAAUUCGCGAUCAAAUUUUGCCGUCGUAAAUCGCAAUUUUUCUUGUAGUGAUAACCCUACAUUGGAGAGUCCUUGGGAGAAUUUAAGAGAGGUUUUGAGGAUCAUGAGAAACAACCAGCUGCUAGCCAAGCUCAAGAAAUUCUCCUUUGCCAAAACAAAAGUGGAAUACCUUGGACAUAUCUUCUCAGAAAAAGGAUUGCAGACUGACCCUGCUAAAAGAUUCAUCAAGUCCUAUGGAACCAUUAGCAAACCACUUACCAACAUGCUUAAAAAAGAUGCUUUCCAGUGGAGUGUUGAGUCUGAAACUGCCUUUGAAAGGUUAAAGGAGGCCCUGUGUACUACCCUAGUCCUUACAUUGCCUGAUUUUGAUAAGGAGUUUGUAGUAGAAGCUGAUGAUGCUACAAGGGGAUGGAGGCUUUGUUGA